AUGCCUCACAAGAUCACCAAUGACUCCAAUUCCACUCUGGCCAGCGGAGGGAGUAAUAACGACCAGGUCGUGGCCACUGAAGUACGAGAUGUGUCCCCGUUAGUUGCCAAUCCCGUCCGCAAGCCUCCGGUUAUAAUCCACAAUAAGGGCGGCCAGAUCUACGACGAGACCCGGCCAUCGGACUGGGACAAACAACGUUGGAAGUAA